AUGGGAUUGGUUGGAGUUUCACAAGCCAAGCCUAAGGCUCAAGAGGAUGAGACCAAGAAAAUCGGAGCGGAAACCAUUGAUGUGAAAAAUUACUCGAGUUCCGAUCUGGAGAGUCAGUUGUUGGAAGAUGAGCACAAUCCGUUCAAGGAUCCUACCGUGGCCCAAUUCUACUCGGACUUGUAUGAGAAAACCCAAUACGAGUGUCGUGAGGCGUUUGAUCCCCACCUUAGCUGGUCUGAGGAAGAGGAGAAGAAACUUGUGCGCAAGUUGGACUUGCGUGUGACUUUCACGGCGUGUCUUAUGUUUGUGGCCUUGCAAGUGGACAGAGGAAACUUGGCCCAGGCUGUGGCCGACAAUCUCUUGGACGAUUUGCACUUGAAUACCAACGACUACAACACAGGUAACACCAUUUUCUUGUGUUCCUUUUUGGCCGCAGAGUUGCCCUCGCAGUUGAUUUCGAAGGCUCUUGGACCCGACAUUUUCGUUCCAAUGCAGAUGGUGGCAUGGAGUAUUGUGGCUAUAGCACAAAGUGCCAUGAAGAACAAGGCUGGCUUCUUCAUCACCAGAGCCCUCAUCGGUGCCCUUGAAGGCGGUUUCAUUGCUGACUUGGUUUUGUGGCUUUCGUAUUUCUACAAGUCUCACGAGUUGUCGAUCCGCUUGUCGUUCUUCUGGACGGCUUUGUCCACAACAGACAUUCUCACGUCUUUGUUAGCGUUUGGUAUCUUGCGUAUGCGGGGGGUCCACGGAAUGGCAGGAUGGAGAUGGCUUUUCAUCAUCGAAGGUAUUUUCACCUUGGCCAUUGGUAUUUACGCUUUCUACGCCAUGGUUCCUUCAGCUCUUCAGACAAGAAACAAACUUCACCCUAAAGGAUGGUUUACGCCCAGAGAAGAGAAGAUUGUCGUCAACAGAGUCUUGAGAGAUGACCCAUCAAAAGGUGACAUGCAUAACAGACAGGGAUUAUCUCUUCGGAUGAUCUGGAAGUCCUUGUCCGACUACGACUUGUGGCCCAUUUAUGCCGUCGGCCUUAUUGUCUACAUUCCUAUGUCUACCAUCAAGCCGUACAUGACGCUUACCAUGAAAUCCGUUGGUUUUUCCACCUUUAAUGUCAACUUGUUGAAUAUUCCGCAAGCAGUGAUCCACAUCAUUUUCUUGUUAGCCAUCACCUGGUUUUCGGAGCGUAUAAACGAAAGGGCAUUGACCAGUCUUCUUCUUCCACUUUUCACAAUUCCAUUUAUGGCUGCGAUCAGAUGGUGGCCAGGCUCUAUGGUACAACCUUGGCCCACGUGGUUUUUGGUGACCAUGGUUUUAGCUGCUCCUUAUAUCCAUGCCAUCUGUGUGUCGUGGGUGUCGAGAAACUCCAACUCUGUUAGAAGCAGAUCAAUAUGUUCUGCCUGUUACAAUAUGAUGGUGCAGUUGGGAAACAUAGCUGCUAAUAACAUUUACAAGAAUGAUGACAAACCAUUGUAUCAUCGGGGAAACAGCCAGCUUUUCGCUAUUUCCGUCUCCAUGGUUCCUUUGCUUUUACUAGUUAAAGCAUACUAUGUAUGGAGAAACAAGAGCCGUGACAAGAUUUGGAACUCAUGGACUCCGGAACAGCAGGAAGAAUACGUGAAGACUACUACAGACGAGGGAAACAAGAGGUUAGACUUCCGUUUUGACCACUAG